AUGUCCUGGGAAGAUUCGGGAAGGUUUCGGGCAAUUGUCGAGACAGUUAAGGGGAUGAUCACGCGACGCGUGGCGUUGCGUUUAAGUGACGGCGACAACGGCCGCUUUGCAUCAUUGGUUGUCUUUGUUGGUGGCUCGUCCUUGUGUCUGAAUACGCUUUUUCGUAUGUCCAUCCACUAUCGACCGGCGAUUAGGUACGCGCGUACGUAA